AUGACAGGUGCCAUUGCUGCAAAAGAGUUGCCGAGAUUGCCAUCCAUGCUAUUUGGGAAUAUGGAGCUGCGCAAGAUGUUUUUAUUUGAGUCUUUGAUGAGAAGAUUACCGAGGGAAGAGUUGGAACAUUUUCUGGUGCAAGCGUGGAUGAUAUGGAACCAAAGAAAUGCAGUGAUACAUGGUGGACAAUUGAAGGAACCGGGUUGGCUGAACAGGAGAGCUGAAGAAUUCCUUGAUGAGUAUAGGAAAGCACAAGUUACUCUAAGGGCUACGAACGUUCUAGCAGGCAAUUGUGUAUGGCGAGCUCCACCAUUAGAGGAGUAUAAAAUGAACUUUGAUGCUGUUGUUUUCUUAGACCAGCAAUGCUCGGGCUUUCGAGCAAUCAUUAGGAACUCAAAUGGUGAGGUUAUGGCCAGAAUGUUAGCUAAGGGCCCCUAUGUGCAUAGCAGUGAGGAGGCUGAGGUCAUGGCGUGUCGAAGACCGGUUGAAUUCUCCAAGGAUGCAGGGUUUUCUAGGUUGAUAAUUGAAGGAGAUUGUCUAAACGUCAUGAGAGCUCUAUCUGAUCCCACAGAGAAUAGAUCGCUGCUUGGCCAUAUUUAUGAUGAUAUCAAGUUCAACCUUAGAGGAAUGCAGGUCCUAUCUUUCAAUUGGGUAAAAAGAGGUGGAAACAUGGUGGCUCAUUCAUUAGCGAAACAUGCUAGGAAUUUACUUGAGGAUUUGUAUUGGAUUGAAGAUACUCCACCGCAAAACAUCCUAUCUCUUCUUCUAAUUAUAAAAUUAGAGAUAUGA